AUGGAGAGAUUGGAGUCUAUGGACUUGUCGACAAAUCACAUUUCAGGCAUAAUUCCCUCGAGCCUAACUACUUUGAGCCUCCUAAGCUACUUGAAUUUGUCAAACAACAACUUGUCAGGUAAAAUCCCAUCAGGUACCCGGCUCCAGACCUACAAUGCCUCUGCAUAUGCUGGUAACCGAGAUCUUUGUGGCUUGCCUCUUCCGAAAAAGUGUCUAGGAGAUGAAGCAACUCGAGAUCCUCGAACUGGUAGCAAGCAUGGCUCCCUCGAACAUAUUUGGCUUUAUACUAGCAUUGCACUCGGAUUUAUUUUUGGAUUUUGGGGUGUUUGUGGAUCAUUGUUAUUGAAGAGUUCUUGGAGGCAUGCCUAUUUCCGGUUCUUAGAGAGAAUAGGAGAUAGGCUCUAUGUAGCAAUAGCUAUCCACAUGGCCAAAUUUAUGAGAAACUUUAAGACUCAAUGCUAA